AUGGCCGAAGCUCAGCUCCAUGACUUCCCUUCCCUCUUCUCCCUCGAGGGCAAGGUUGCUGUUGUGACGGGUGGCUCGCGUGGUCUCGGUCUCAGCGCUGCCUCGGCUUUUCUCCAAGCCGGCUGUUCUAAGGUCUUCAUCUCCUCCCGAAAGGCAGCCGCCUGCGACAAUGCAGUAAAGGUCCUCAACGCUCUUCCCAACCUUAGGCCAGGCGCCGUGGCCAUCUCCGUUCCCGCGGACGGUAGCACGCUCGAGGGCGUCAAGCACCUGCUGGCGCAGGUAUCGGCGCACACCGACCAUGUUGACAUCCUGAUGGCCAACGCGGGCGCGACAUGGGGUGAGAAGUUUGACACCCAUCCGGACUCAGCCUUCGCUAAGGUCAUGGACCUCAACGUGCGCGGCGUCUUCAACCUCGUGCGGGAGUUUGCCCCGCUGCUGACCAAGCGCGCCAGCGUUGAGGAUCCUAGCCGCGUCAUCAUCACGGCCAGCGUAGCCGGUCUUGGCGUUGGCAGCCUGGGCAAGCAGGGUACCUACGGCUACAGUGCCAGCAAGGCGGCUGUGAUUCAUCUCGGCCGGAACCUCGCCGUCGAGCUUGGCCCCAGGGGUAUCACAGUCAACAGCAUUUGCCCUGGUUUUUUCCCCAGCAAGAUGAGCAAUGGCCUGCUGGAGAUGGCAGGCGGUGUGCAGAAGAUGGCUGAGGCGAACCCCAUGAGGAGGCUAGGCAGGUCUGAGGAUAUUGCUGGCGCAGUGGUCUACCUUGCCAGCAGGGCAGGCUCGCACGUCAACGGGGCGGCAAUUGAGAUUGAUGGCGGUGCGCUGUGGUCGCAUGGCCAGCUGCUGAAGCUAUAA